GCUCAUCCGUGGUGGCGCAGGAUCUGGCUGCCUGGCCAAUUGUGCUAGGGCCAGUUGCUCCAGGGGAGCAGCUUUGGCUCAUGUCUUCUCCUACGGGCACGCCGGCGAUGCCUUCUGUUCCAGAUUGGGCACAUCCGACACCCUCCCCGUCAUUGAUGGUUCGCAUGCCUGAUCCGAAAGCAUGGCAAGCUCCACACUUUGGUUCAAUGAUGAAUGGCAAAGCCAUGACCCAGCAUGCCCAGCCAGAGCAGAACUCUGAAUCUCUUCGAGCUUUACUGUCACAGGUUUGUGCUCCUUUUGUGCAGGGUAUGUUGAAUGCCGUGGAGCAGCUAGUUGAGAAAGAAGUUGAGCGUCAGGUAAAGCAGCUUCGACAGCAGGACCAACUUUCCGCAAUGCAUUGGCCACAUCGGCGGCUGAGCAGAGAGCAGCAGCAGCAGCAGCAGCAACAGCACCUGCAGCAGGCGCAGCUGCAAGCGCAACAGCAACAACGUGCUGGUUUUGGAAACACUUGCGAAAAUAUGCCGUUUGGAACAGUGUUCGAGUCCAUUGGAGGAGGUCAAGGUGAAGCUGAUUCCAUGAGGGGGAACGUAGCAGCCGUACCGCUGCCCGAGGAAUCUUCUGAGGAUGAGGCCGAAGCUGAAGGUGAACAACGAGGACAGUUCCAGGUGCUUUUUGGAGGAAAAGUGCCUGCAUCUUGUUCCAGGUCAUCUUCGCGAUCCGGAAGGUCAACUUCGUCAGAAGACCCGAAGCCUCCAGGUUUUGGAGCUUCUGCAAUGGGCCAAAGAGCUGCACAGGGAGAGGGUGACCCGCUCUACUUGCAGUGGUCUUCCCAAGGUCAAACGGUCGGAGAGCGCCCAGCCUUGACGCCAACAGUAUCCCCUGUGCCACCUCAUCUUGCUCCAUCUAUACAAGGAAUGAACGCUUCGAAUUCAGCCGUACCGAUGGAUGGCAGCCAAAGUCCUGAAAGUCCAGCUGGCCAGGCAAAGUCUGCAGUUGUUUGCCGACACUGGAAGUCAAAAGGAUGGUGCCGUUUGGGGGAUGAAUGUAAAUUUGCUCAUCCAGAGCACAAAUGUGGAGCAGGCUUAACCAAGAAGGCAGACAAAGAAAAGGGCCCCCCUGGUUCCCGAGCAGACGAUGGGCCAAAUCAGGACAAGAAGGAGAAACUUGACAAGCCGAAGGGGAAAAAGAAAAGUAAAGACAUUGGCAGCAAGGAGGUGCCUCGCACCUCUCCUGCUCUAACUCCAGGUUUGGUUAACCCAAACUGAUAAUGAACCGUGGGCUGCCUCGAAAGCCAACAGCUGCCAGCUGCCUGCGCAUCAAGCAACCAAAGCAACCC